AUGUCGUCAGAUGAAACUUGGAAGUUCUCUCAAUGCUUUGGAGAUAAAGGAGACAUUGAGAAUAUAACUGAAGCGGAUAUUAUAUCUACAGUCGAAUUCGACCACACAGGUGAUUUCUUAGCCACUGGUGAUAAAGGUGGUAGAGUCGUCUUGUUUGAAAGAAACCAAUCUAAAAAGAAGCAAAGUUGUGAGUACAAGUUCUUCACAGAGUUUCAAAGUCAUGAUGCCGAAUUUGAUUAUUUGAAAUCAUUGGAAAUUGAAGAAAAGAUAAACAAGAUAAAAUGGUUAAAAAGUGCCAAUGAUUCCCUUUGUUUAUUAUCUACAAAUGACAAGACUAUAAAAUUAUGGAAAAUCCAAGAAAGACAAAUCAAAUUAGUUUCAGAGAAUAAUUUAAAUGGUUUAAAUCACUUACCAAGUUCAAACAUAGGCAUAGAGUCAUUAAAAUUACCCCAGUUACAACUUCAUGACAAAUUGAUUUCUGCCCAACCAAAGAAAAUUUACGCCAAUGCACAUGCUUACCAUAUAAAUUCCAUAUCAGUCAAUUCGGACCAAGAAACAUACUUGAGUGCUGAUGAUUUAAGAAUUAAUUUAUGGAAUUUAGGAAUUGCCGACCAAUCAUUCAAUAUUGUUGAUAUCAAACCUGCUAAUAUGGAAGAAUUGACUGAAGUUAUCACAAGUGCUGAAUUUCAUCCAUUGCAAUGUAAUUUAUUCAUGUAUUCGUCAUCUAAGGGGACUAUUAAAUUAUCAGAUAUGAGAUCAAAUUCUCUUUGUGAUUCCCAUGCAAAGAUUUUUGAAGAAUAUUUAGAUCCUUCAUCUCACAAUUUCUUCACUGAAAUCACCAGUUCUAUUUCUGAUGUCAAAUUUAGUCACGAUGGUAGAUACAUUGCAUCUCGUGAUUAUAUGACAGUCAAGAUAUGGGAUUUAGCUAUGGAAAACAAACCAAUUAAAACUAUUGAUGUUCAUGAACAUUUAAGAGAAAGAUUGUGCGAUACUUAUGAGAAUGAUGCUAUUUUUGAUAAAUUUGAAGUUCAAUUUGGUGGUGAUAAUAAAUCUGUAAUGACCGGUUCAUACAAUAAUCAAUUUGUAAUUUAUCCAAAUGCUGUCAAUACUGGAAAUGACGAUAAACCAAAAUUCAAAUCUGCAUUUAAGAAUAGUUCUAAAAGAAGUAAAAAGAAUGGAUUUAGCACAAGAACUACAGAUGAUGACGAUGACGACGACGAUGACGACGACGAUGAAGAGGCUGAUGAUGAAUUUGAUGAAGAAGUUCCAGCUACUAAGAAUUCUCCAGGUUCACAAUUAGAGGAUGACGAUGAACAAGAAGAGAUUAUUUUACAAGCUGACAAGUCUGCCUUUAAAUCAAAGAAAUCAGGUCAACACCCAAUGAGACGUAGAAUGACAAGUGGAGUUGGUAGUAAUCUCGGGAGAGAAUUUGAUGAUGUUGACUUUAAAAAGAGUAUACUUCAUUUGUCAUGGCAUCCAAGAGAGAAUUCCGUUGCUAUUGCUGCAACUAAUAAUUUGUACAUUUUCUCCACUUUAUGA